CAGGGAAGUCUCUGUAGUUUACUCUUCCUUCUCCAUUCUUUGGCAACAGCCACGUCCAGUCUAUUUUUUUACUACAGAGAAGGAGAAAGAGAACGGCGACGACUCCUCUCGCCUGAAGUAAAAAGGAGGUCCCAAAUCUCCACUUCGAUCGCCGCCUCCACCACCGCCACGGCCACUGCCACUGCCACGGCCACCAUUUACCUUUACUCUCCGUUGGAUACCAGCACAGACAAAUAAACAUGGCGGACUCUUCGGGGACGACGCUGAUGGAUCUGAUAACUUCGGACCCCGCGCCACUCGCGGCGGCGGCAGCGCCUCCUCCGCCUUCGGCGUCUCCGGCGGCCGCAUUCCCGCCGCCUUAUACUGGGUCGGGGAAACCGGCGCAGGCGGAUCGGAAAGCUAAGAAAGGAACCCUAAUGCAGAUCCAAAGCGAUACCAUUUCUGCUGCCAAAGCUGCUUUGAAUCCCGUCCGGACGAACAUCAUGCCCCAGAGACAAAAGAAAAAGCCGGUUUCUUAUGGACAACUUGCCAGGAGCAUUCACGAACUUGCUGCCUCGUCUGAUCAAAAAAGUUCGCAGAAGCAGUUAGUGCAUCAUGUAUUCCCAAAACUUGCAGUAUACAAUUCAGUGGACCCUUCAUUAGCACCUUCUCUUCUCAUGCUUGGACAGCAGUGUGAGGACAAAACUGUUCUGCGGUAUGUCUACUAUUAUUUGGCCAGAAUUCUGUCAGAUACUGGUUCACAAGGUUUAAGUCCUGGUGGUGGGAUUCCUACGCCAAACUGGGAUGCUUUAGCUGACAUUGAUGCUGUCGGAGGAGUGACCCGUGCUGAUGUGGUACCUCGAAUAGUGGAUCGGCUUAGUACGGAGGUCACAAAUGAAGAUGUUGAAUUUCAUGCACGAAGGAUACAAGCACUGAAAGCUCUUACAUAUGCUCCUUCAAGCAACUCUGAAAUCUUAUCCAGGUUGUACGAAAUUGUGUUUGGCCUUCUUGACAAGGUUGCGGACGAACCUCAGAAACGUAAGAAAGGCAUAUUUGGGACCAAAGGCGGUGACAAGGAGUUCAUCAUCCGGAGUAAUUUGCAAUAUGCUGCUCUAAGUGCUUUGAGAAGACUUCCUCUGGAUCCUGGGAAUCCGGCAUUUCUCCAUCGUGCUGUACAGGGAGUUUCCUUUGCUGAUCCAGUUGCUGUGAGGCACGCUCUGGAAAUUCUGUCUGAGUUAGCCACAAAAGAUCCUUAUGCGGUUGCAAUGGCAUUAGGAAAGCAUGCACAACCUGGAGGAGCUUUGCAGGAUGUUCUCCACUUGCAUGAUGUUCUCGCUAGAGUUGCACUCGCCCGGUUGUGCCAUGCAAUAUCUAGGGCUCGAUCCUUAGAUGAAAGGCCUGACAUUAAGUCUCAGUUUUAUUCUGUACUCUAUCAACUUCUCCUGGAUCCUAGUGAAAGAGUUUGUUUUGAGGCAAUCCUUUGUGUGUUGGGAAAAUCUGAUAAUGCUGAGAGGACUGAGGAAAGAGCUGGUGGGUGGUAUCGGGUAACCAGGGAAAUCCUUAAGCUUCCAGAAGCACCAUCUGUGUCUUCAAAGGGAGCAGAUGAUGACUCGAAAGAUUCACUUCCUCCAAAGGCUGCUAAAGAGAAAUCUCCAAAAACAAGGCGUCCACAACCACUUUUCAAACUUGUAAUGAGAAGGUUAGAGGCCUCAUUCCGUAGUUACUCUAGGCCUGUGCUUCAUGCAGCAGCAAGGGUUGUGCAGGAGAUGGGUAAAAGUCGGGCUGCGGCUUUUGCGGUAGGAUUACAGGAUAUUGAUGAGCGAGCUCAUGUUAAUGAAGUCAACGAUUCAGUUGAUGAAUAUGAGAACCCACUUGCUGAAGGUGCUCGAAAGGUUUCUCCCGUGUCUAAUGGAACUGGUAGCAAGGACACAAUUGCAAGUUUAUUAGCUUCAUUAAUGGAAGUGGUGCGAACCACUGUGGCAUGUGAAUGUGUUUAUGUUCGGGCCAUGGUAAUAAAAGCAUUGAUCUGGAUGCAAAGUCCUCAUGAAUCCUUUGAUGAACUAGAGUCCAUUAUUGCCUCAGAGCUCUCUGAUCCGGCCUGGCCAGCAACCCUGUUAAAUGAUAUUUUGCUCACUCUGCAUGCUCGCUUUAAGGCUACUCCAGACAUGGCCGUCACUCUUCUAGAAAUUGCAAGGAUAUUUGCCACUAAAGUUCCAGGGAAGAUCGAUGCUGAUGUCCUUCAACUACUUUGGAAAACAUGCCUUGUCGGAGCUGGCCCAGAUGGAAAACACACAGCUCUGGAAGCAGUCACGAUAGUUCUUGAUCUACCACCUCCCCAACCGGGAUCGAUGUCAGGUCUAUCAAUAGAUAGGGUGUCCGCAUCUGAUCCGAAGGCAGCUCUCGCAUUGCAGAGACUAGUCCAAGCCGCGGUUUGGUUCCUUGGCGAAAAUGCAAAUUAUGCUGCCUCUGAAUAUGCUUGGGAAUCAGCAACCCCUCCUGGUACUGCGUUAAUGAUGUUAGAUACAGAUAAAAUGGUUGCUGCUGCUAGUUCACGUAAUCCUACUCUUGCCGGAGCGUUGACUCGACUCCAAAGGUGUGCUUUCAGUGGAAGUUGGGAGGUUCGAAUUAUUGCUGCUCAAGCCCUCACGACCAUGGCAAUUAGAUCUGGUGAGCCUUAUAGGCUACAGAUAUAUGAAUUCUUACAUGCUUUAGCACAGGGUGGUGUGCAGUCUCAAUUUUCAGACAUGCAUGUCAGUAACGGAGAAGAUCAAGGAGCCAGUGGUACUGGCCUUGGAUCUCUUAUAAGUCCAAUGUUAAAGGUCCUUGAUGAAAUGUAUAGUGCGCAAGAUGAACUGAUCAAGGAGAUGCGCAACCACGAUAAUGCGAAAAAGGAGUGGACAGAUGAAGAGCUUAAGAAACUAUAUGAAACCCAUGAGAGGUUGCUGGAUCUUGUUUCACUGUUUUGCUUUGUCCCUAGAGCAAAGUAUUUACCUCUAGGGCCAACAAGCGCAAAGCUUAUCGAUAUAUACCGCUCUCGGCAUAAUAUUACUGCAUCAACUGGUCUUAGUGAUCCAGCUGUUGCAACUGGGAUUUCUGAUCUUAUUUAUGAAAUGAAAGCAACUAAAGAAACAGCUGUUCAGUCUGAUGCACUUGAUGAUGAUCUGGUAAAUGCUUGGGCAGCGAACCUCGGAGAUGAUGGCUUGUGGGGAAAGAACGCACCUGCUGUGAACAGGGUGAAUGAGUUCCUUGCUGGUGCUGGUACUGAUGCUCCUGAUGUUGAGGAGAACAUUAUCACCAGAUCUUCAGUCAGUUACGACGAUAUGUGGGCGAAGACCCUGUUAGAGACUGCAGAAGUGGAGGAGGAUGAUGGGAGGUCAUCUGGUAGUGAUUCCCCAGGGUCAACAGGAUCAAUUGAGACAUCUAUCUCAUCCCAUUUUGGUGGAAUGAACUACCCAUCUUUGUUUAGUUCCAAGCCGUCCAGCUAUGGAUCUUCUCAGCCCACGGAGAGGCCAGCUACAAACAGAUAUAGCAGUUCUUCCAUGGGAAGUUCCUCAAUGUACGAGGGUUUUAAUUCUCCGAUUAGGGAAGAGCCUCCACCUUACACAUCUCCUGUUCGCCAAAGAUACGAGUCAUUUGAGAACCCCUUGGGUGGGAAUGGUUCAACCAGUUUCGAAUCUGGGGAUGAGGAACGAGUUUCUUCAGGGAAUUCUCAAUUUGGUACAGCACUUUACGACUUCACUGCCGGCGGUGAUGAUGAGCUGAGCCUGACAGCAGGAGAGGAUGUUGAAAUUGAUUAUGAAGUGGACGGCUGGUUUUAUGUGAAGAAAAAACGACCAGGGAGAGAUGGAAAAAUGGCUGGGCUUGUUCCUGUCCUCUACGUCAAGCAGUCUUAGUACGAAUAGUCAUCAAUACAAGGUUAAGUUUAACCAAUCGCUAUCAAUAUUGUCAUACAUGUGAAAAUGUAGUCUUCUACAAAGGUUCUUGUAGCAUUAUGAUUUGGCCUAUACCUCAUAUAGAAAUUACAAGAGAUGAGGAGUGUCCAUUUGGUUGGAUAACCCCUACGUUUUGGUCCGUAAAUUGGGUCGCUUGAUAUUCCUUUCUCCAUUUUCACUCAGAGUUCAGUAGGGGAGAAUUAUUUAGUGAACUCCUCCCUUUGUUUGUGAUUAUUGUUUGUAAUCUUUCAUUUGGUUUGGUCUUGUUCUUUAGCUAUUGGUGGUGGUGUAAUUUUGAGGUACCCCAUUUUGUCAACGAGGAACUAGUUUUUUGA